AUGAAUCAUAAGCGGCCCAAAUGUUUGAACAUUUCACUCCUUCUCAGCGUGCUUCUGGCCCAGAAGAAGUUCAUCUACCACUACAAGAACAUGCGCUGGGCCAGAGGUCGACACGAGACCUACCUGUGCUUUGUGAUCAAGAGGAGGGUUGGGCCCGACUCGCUCUCCUUUGACUUCGGACACCUGCGCAAUCGCACCGGCUGCCAUGUAGAGCUGCUGUUUCUACGCCACCUGGGGGCUCUGUGUCCCGGCCUGUGGGGUACGGGUGGUGCCGGUGGUGGGGUGAGGUUGAGCUACUCCAUCACCUGGUUCUGCUCCUGGUCUCCCUGCUCCGCCUGCUCCCACAGGCUGUCUGACUUCCUCAGCCGGACCCCCAACCUCCGCCUCCGGAUCUUCGUGUCUCGUCUCUACUUCUGCGACCCGGAAGACAGCCUGGAGAGGGAGGGGCUCCGUAUGCUGAAGAGAGCCGGAGUAAACAUCACUGUCAUGAGUUAUAAAGACUAUUUCUACUGCUGGGAGACUUUUGUAGCUCGCAGAAAGACAGGCUUCAAGGCCUGGGACGGGCUUCACCACAACUCGGUUCGCCUGGCCAGGAAGCUCUACCGUAUCCUACAGCCUUGUGAGACAGAAGAUCUGAGAGAUGCUUUCACGCUGCUGGGACUGUGA